AUGUUUGCAGCAGUUUUUCUGUGCUCUUUAUUCGUUGUCCUUCACUCUGGUUCUGUGAAUUUCUGUCGGGAAGCUACGGACUGUCGCUCAUGUGCAGAAUCCUACACUCAAGUUUUUGGAUUUCGGGAGCACUGCAGGUGGUGCGUGGACGCCAACCUUUGUGUUGGUCCUCUUUCAUGCCCAUUUGGAAAGCCAGUUGUACAACGUGACUCUUUCCGAUGUCCAGCAAAGAAGAGAGAACUUGGUUUAACGCCAGAUUUGACUAUCAUCGUGGCUUAUGCUAAAGCAUCAAGCUACGAAGGUAAAGGAGGAGAGAGAGAAGAGAGAGAAAAAGGAGUUGAAAUUUUCUAUAUGGACCUGGAGAAGACUGUUUUGAAGUUUAUCGAGAUAUCGCGAAAGUACAAGAUGCCGCUGUGCCUCCUAUUCAUCGACUUAAAGGCCUUCAGCUCAGUUGAGACGGAGCCGGACAUAGAAGCAUUGGACAACGCAAGUGCCCAUACUCAGCAAAUAAAGACACAGGCACCAAGAAUUGUGCAGUAA